ACCUGAAAGAAAGCAAUGGAGAAAUCCCGACCCUUAUGGGACAAUCCCCUGCAGUUUGUUUUCGCCUGCAUUUCCUAUGCUGUGGGGCUGGGAAAUGUGUGGAGGUUUCCAUACUUAUGUCAGAUGUACGGAGGAGGUGGCUUUUUGAUCCCAUACCUUAUCAUGCUGAUUGCCGAGGGGAUGCCGCUGCUGUACUUGGAGCUGGCCGUGGGGCAGCGUAUGCGGCAGGGCAGCAUCGGCGCCUGGAAAAUAAUAAGUCCCUACCUCUGCGGUGUUGGAGUUGCCAGUGUUGUCGUCUCCUUCUUCCUGUCCAUGUACUACAAUGUGAUAAAUGCCUGGGCCUUCUGGUACCUCUUCCACUCCUUCCAGGACCCCCUGCCGUGGGCCACCUGCCCCCUCAACAGCAACCGCACGGGCUACGAGGAGGAGUGUGAGAAGACAUCGUCCACGCAGUACUUCUGGUACCGGCAGACCCUGAACAUCUCCCCGUCGCUGGAGGCCAGCGGCAGCGUGCAGUGGGAGCAGGCGCUGUGCCUGACGCUGGCCUGGCUCGUGGUUUACCUGUGCAUCCUCCGCGGCACCGCCUCCACCGGCAAGGUCGUCUAUCUGACAGCCUCUUUGCCAUACUGUGUUCUCAUCAUAUACCUCAUCAGAGGAUUAACACUUCAUGGAGCUGUGAAUGGGCUCGUCUACAUGUUCACACCAAAGCUGGAGCAGCUCUCAAACCCCAAGACCUGGAUCAGCGCUGCCACGCAGAUCUUCUUCUCACUGGGCCUUGGCUUUGGCAGCCUCAUUGCCUUUGCCAGCUACAACGAGCCCUCCAACAACUGCCAGAGGCACGCCAUCAUCGUGUCCCUCAUCAACAGCACCACCUCCAUAUUUGCCAGCAUCGUCACUUUCUCCAUCUACGGCUUCAAGGCGACCUUUAACUAUGAGAGCUGUAUCAACAAGGUGAUCCUGCUGCUGCUGAAUGCUUUUGACCUGGAGGAAGGCUCUUUAACAGCAGACAACCUCAAUGACAUGAAAGAUUACCUCAUGGCCACCUACCCGCAGGAAUAUGCCCAAUUAGCACCGCAGAUUAAAAACUGCAGCUUGGAAGCUGAGCUAGACACGGCUGUCCAGGGGACGGGACUGGCAUUUAUAGUCUAUUCGGAAGCGAUCAAAAACAUGGAGGUGCCCCAGCUGUACUCCGUGCUCUACUUCUUUAUGCUGCUGAUGCUGGGCAUUGGCAGCAUGCUGGGGAACACGGCUGCCAUCCUCACGCCGCUGACCGACAGCAGGGUCAUCGCCUCCCGCUUUCCCAAGGAGGUGAUCUCUGGUGUUGUGUGUUUCAUGAAUUGUAUAAUUGGCCUGAUCUUCACCAUGGAGGCUGGAAAUUACUGGUUUGACAUCUUCAACGACUACGCAGCCACCCUCUCGCUGCUGCUCAUCGUGCUGGUGGAAACCAUUGCUGUGUGCUACAUCUACGGGAUAAGGAGAUUUGAGAAAGACCUUUACACCAUGAUUGGACGCAAGCCAAACUGGUAUUGGAAAAUUAUGUGGGCUUUUGUUAGUCCACUGCUUAUUAUAAGCCUAUUUAUUUUUUACCUCACCGACUACAUCCUCACAGGAACAUUGCAAUACCAAGCAUGGGAUGCCACACAGGGGCAGCUGGUGACCAAGGAUUACCCAGGCUAUGCCCUGGCGGUGAUCGGGCUGCUGGUGGCAUCAUCCACCAUGUGCAUACCCCUGGGAGCACUAGUGACUUUUAUAAGGAAGAGACUGAAGAGGGAACGAGUUUCAACUGUUGCAUGAAAGCUGACAGCUGGAUUUGGGAAGACCUUACCCCCGUCACCAGUGACUGGGCACUUCUGGAAGACAGCAGCAACCAUUAUUUGUAGCAGCUACUUAUAGAGUUGAGAAUGGUGGGUGCUAUAUUGACCAAAAAGUGCUCUUGGGAGGUUCCACAAUGGUUUGGGGAAGAAAAGCUCUUCUGUAACAAGAUGAAGCUUUAAAGUGGCCUCUGUAAGAGGUGAGAAGGAGAAGAGCAGCUCACAAAAUGCCAGCUAGCACAAAUUAACCAGCACAUCAGCCCAUUACACAUUAGGCGAUUCUUUUCCACUCUUGUAGCACUGCCUGUGUGGGAACAUGAACAACCAAGCAUGUUCCUGCACCAAUUUACCAACAAACCAUUUACUCAAACCAUUCAAGACACUUAAGCAUACUCAUUGUUUGAAAUUACAUCUGUAUUUCAUGAGCAGGUUGAAGUCUGGCAAUGAGAAUGUGACAAUUGCUUUCCUACAUGGGAAUAAUCAGCAGGAUGGCACUGGGAGAUAAAUGUGGCCAACAUGGCUUCUUUUAUACUUGUGUCCAGCAAAGCAGUGAAUAUAUAUAUUUAUAUAUGCAUAUAUCUAUAUAUAUGCACACAUAUGUGUGAGCUGCACAAGUUCUCCCACCUCCAGCAGUAAGCUUCCAAUUCCAGCAUGCAAAUGUGCACUGUGCUGUACUUUGUAUUUUCUAGGGAUGUACUUUAAGUACACUAGAAGAUAUCUGUGAUAAAGCUGCUUUACAAGCCCCACCCAAACAAGAGUAUGCCAUAUAAUUAGCUUUGACAAAGUUCAUAUCCAGGUAUUCUUUAAUCAUCAGAUGUAACAAUCCAGCAGUUCCAUGGACCUGGUUAAUUUCCCUGUGUAAAUAUUUUAUAAAGAAAGCAACAUGUUUAAAUUGCAAGCUUCAUGUAAUAGAAAACAUUAAAAUUUUAUCUAUGAACUUUAGAAAAGGUUGCUCUGAAGAACAGUAUUAGAGACACACUCACGGGACAGGGGUUGUUAAUACAGCGUCUUAACUAUGGAACCAUUAGAAGAUGGCAAGUGCCUUAGAAAAGAGGGAUUAAUUUCAAACACUGUUAAAGCAACUGUUAAAGCACAACACAAGUCUCUUGCCCUGGGGCGAAAAGCAAAAGGAAUUGUACAGCCCCCAGGGCUGGGCAAAAUCUCGACCGUGACAACCAAGAUCUGUGUAGCCUGCAACAGCCCUAGAAACAGGACACA